CGUCCCCGCCGGCAGCGACGACAUGGACGCCGAAGCCGUGGUCCUCACCGGCGGCGACGUGGAGGACCGGGUAGUCUUCACCGGCGGCGAGGAGGACAAGGACCGCGUCGUCGUCACCGGCGUCGAGGAGGACAAGGACCGCGUCGUCGUCACCGGCGGCCAGGAGGACAAGGACCGCGUCGUCGUCACCGGCGGCCAGGAGGAGAAAGCUGGCGAGCUCUACCGCUUCGGCAACCGGGAGGUGUUCAUCGCAGAGAUGACCCUGUACGAGCUGGUGAUGAUCUGCCACGACGAGACGGGUCGGCUGCUGAACCGGGCGCGUCCGCCGCUCGACAAGCUCCAUGGCCUCGACAUCCUCAACGAAUCGCACCACCUGAUCAAGGAGGAGAUGCGCAAGCUGGAGACGCAGGACGUCCCCGUCCCCGUCCCCGGAGGAGGCCGCCGCGUCGCCCACCUCAUGGUCGGGCUGCACCUCCGCGUCGUCGCCUGGGCCGGCAACAUCGACGGUGUCAAGCCCCACCACUACCUGCCGGGCUUCCUCACGACCGGACAGCGCUACCGCCUCCCUAGCAAGAAGAAGCGCACUGGCACGCUCAUGGAGCUGCUACUCUACUCCAUGAUGAUGGCGUCGAACGCUAUCAAUCCAUUCCUCCCUGAGCAGGUCUUCGAUUUCACCGACUACCCGUAAGAGCACAAGCAGAUGUUGGUUUUAUUCCAGAGUUCAGACUACUAGCUAGCAGUAUUCCAUCGUCCUUAGUAGUAGCAUCUUUUGUUUGCUUGAGCUCCAUUAUUCCGAGACUACCAGUAGUAUGUACUCCCUGUUAAGAUUGAGGUGAU